ACCAGGAGGCUUAGAAAAGAGCCGAAGAGAGGAGAAACCACUUCCACGAGGCAAAAGGGUCGGCAUUAGAGAGGCCGAGGAGGUCCGAGUACUUUCGGAGCGAGCCGAAGCAGCCCCGACCGGUUCCGGAGGCGGUCGACGCGGAAACGCGAACAUGGCGGCGGCCGGCGCUGCUGCCGCUAAGCUGAACGAGGAGCUGGCGCCCGCGGCCGAAGCGCUGGCCGCAGCCCGGGAGCGGAGCAGCCGCUUCCUGAGCGGCCUGGAGCUGGUGAAGCAGGGCGCCGAGGCGCGCGUGUUCCGCGGCCGCUUCCAGGGUCGCGCGGCCGUGGUGAAGCACCGCUUCCCCAAAGGCUACCGGCACCCGACGCUGGAAGCGCGGCUCAGCCGGCGGCGGACGGUGCAGGAGGCCCGGGCGUUGCUCCGCUGUCGCCGCGCAGGAAUAUGUGCCCCAGUUGUCUUUUUUGUGGACUAUGCUUCCAACUGCUUAUUUAUGGAAGAAAUCGAAGGCUCAGUGACUGUUCGAGAUUAUAUUGAAUCCACUCUGGAGACUGAAAAAUCUUCCCAAAGUCUCCUGGGCUUAGCCAGGACCAUCGGGCAGGUUUUGGCUCGAAUGCACGACGAAGACCUCAUUCAUGGUGAUCUCACCACAUCCAACAUGCUCCUGAAACCCCCUCUGGAGCAGCUGAACAUUGUGCUUAUAGACUUUGGGCUGAGCUUCGUUUCAGCACUUCCGGAAGACAAGGGAGUUGACCUGUACGUGCUGGAGAAGGCCUUCCUCAGCACCCAUCCCAACACUGAGACUGUGUUUGAAGCCUUUCUGAAGAGCUACUCCACCUCCUCCAGAAAGUCCAAACCAGUGUUAAAAAAAUUAGAUGAGGUGCGCCUCAGAGGGAGAAAGAGAUCCAUGGUGGGCUAGAAGAAUUCUCCGUGCGACAACCACAGGCAGGAAACUGUUCACAGUACGUUUGAAGGAAGGCUAUGAGUAUGAGGUUCUGGCUAAAUAAAGAUGGUCGGGUAAUUUUAAGAGCUGUGAUCGUGCUUGAAAGGCAUUAUCACCUGCCAUUGGCUGUUCUCACUUUGUAUAUGUCUGGCAGAACUGGGCAUGCAGAAUAAAUCUCAGGCUUUCUCUGCAGUUGUAAGGCAUACACCUCAGGUUGAAGGGUAUGACGUUACAAAACGCUGAACCACAUACUGAACCAGUGAACCACACUGAACCACAUUUCAGUGCUUCUGGUGAGACAAGGACAGCGCCUCAGUUGGUGUCAGUGUAUCUUUAUCAGCUCUGUAACCCAGCCUUUUUUGUUGUUGUGUUCAUGACAUAUUCCUCUUGAAACCAGUAUAGUGGGAUGCAAUCAGCAUAUUAAAAAAAGAAAUGGAAUCAGAGAUUAGAAAAUAUUAAAGUGCAUUAUCUGUAGUAUCGUUAA